AUGAUCAAGAAGAACUAUACUUUGGUUAAUGAAUUCCUACUUCUAGGAUUCAAGGAUCUUCACAGUUUCCAGAUCCCUUUUUUCCUACUUCUCAUUGCCAUCUACUCUAUAACAAUAGUUGGAAAUAUUUUAAUUGUUGCAUUAGUAUCAAUGAGUCAUCAACUUCACUCACCUAUGUACUUAUUUCUUAGCCACUUAUCUCUUUGUGAUAUAUUUAUCAGCACAAAUGUUACUCCUAAAACACUACAAAUUAUACUAUUAGGCAAAAGUGUAAUUUCUGCCAGGGAUUGCAUUAUCCAGUUGUAUUUGUUUGGAGCUGCGGGAACUAUAGAAUGCUGUCUUCUUACUGUAAUGUCUUAUGAUCGAUAUUUGGCCAUCUGUAGACCAUUGCAUUAUACUACUAUAAUGAACGUUAGACUUCUUCAUACUUUAAUUAUUUGGUCUUGGAUGGCAGGUUUUGUUAUAUUAUUGAUAACUUACAUACUUGUACUUGAGCUGGAGUUCUGUGGCCCCAAUAUUAUUGACCAUUUCUUCUGUGACCUUGCUCCUCUUAUUGAGCUUUCAUGCUCUGAUACAUCAGUCGUUCAAAUCGAAGUAUCCAUAGCUGCCAUUGUAUUAAGCCUUUUCCAAUUUAUGUUUGUAAUAGGAACGUACAUCUGCAUCUUCAAAGGCAUUUUUCAAAUCACCUCAACCUCAGGGAGGCAAAAAGUCUUCUCUACGUGCAGCUCUCAUUUGUCUGUUGUCUGCACUUACUAUGGGACAAUGAUAACUCUUUAUGUAGCUCCAUCUAAGGGAGUCUCAAUGAACUUUAACAAGGUCUUAUCACUACUGAAUACAGUGGUUACUCCGAUGUUUAAUCCAAUUAUAUACAGUCUAAGAAAUAAAGAGAUCAGGGAAGCAAUGAGUAAAUGUAUAUUAGUAAUCAUGGCUUUGAAAGUAAACUACAUUGAAGAACAGGGGAAAAAACAUCUCUAG